AUGGACUACUUGUAUGUCGAGAUCAACCCUUAUGAGGUAGACCCUCGGCUGCCAGGCGGCUACACCAAGAAGCAGCUGCCGCUUGAGGUGAAGAAGGCCAUGUACCCUGAUUUCGUGGCGUGCUCCCCGCGGGGCUUGGUGCCGGCCGUGGACAAGGCCGGGGAGAAGGUCUGGGAGUCGCUGCACGUGGUGCAGUACAUCGAUGAGGCGUUCGACCAGCCGCCUUACUUCCUCCCGCGCAACGACCCCUUGAAGCGCGCGCACGUGAGGAUUUGGUCUGACUUUGUGACGGAGAAGAUGCAGAAGAGCUUCUACAUGCUUCUCAUGGACCAAGAUCCCGGGAGCCAAGCCAAGGCCCGGGAGAACUUCUUCCAGGAGUGCCGCACCUUUGCGCGGGCGAUGAGCAAGGAUGGUCCCUACUUCUUGGGAGAGAACAUCUCCAUGGUGGACAUUGCGCUGGCGCCCUUCUGGCAGCGAUUCCUGUGGAUCGGCGGUCACUACCGAGGCCUGGAGAUGCCGAAGGACGAGGACUUCCAGCGCCUCAGGCGCUGGUGGGAGGCGGUGUCUGCGAGACCGGCCUUCCGCGCCACCUUGGUGUGCCAGGACCGCUUGGUGUCCUCCUAUGGCCAGUACAGCCGACACUGGGCUCAUGACAUCUCAUGA